UAGCCACGUAGUGUUUACACAUCCAAACAAAUGCCAUAUGCCAUAAUAAAAAGGUGGGAUUUUCUGUGUAUGCUUGUUGGUAACUGUAGUAGUGUGCAGUGUUUGUGUCAUCAUAGAAUCAUAGAAUGGCUUGGGUUGGAAUGGACUUCAAGGAUGGUGAAGCUCCAACCCCACUUCUGCAGGCAGGGCUGCUGUGUUUCCUUAGCAGCCUUCCUUAAAAUCAGGUUGAAAAGGAAGUAUUUCUGUAGGAACUCUACUGACUGAAGAGGGGAGAGGAGGGGAACCAGCUGUGCUUACAUCUGCUAUGAAGAAAGGAACAUUUGAGCAAAGUAAGGAGCUGAAGGCAUCUUCUGCAGAGGCAGCAUUCAUACAAGCCCUCACAGAGACCUUGAGCUGUGAGGAAAUCCUGCCCUCUGUGCAGCACAUGCAAGGCAGGCUGAAUGAUGAUGCAGGAUUUAGCUUUUGCUGGUUGCUGAUUGUCAAUGAACCAGCUUAGCCUCCUCUAAAGGGCUCUGCCAAAAGGUGGGUAAUUGCUUGUUUUGCUGUCAACCUCCUGCUUGAUAAUAACUAAAAAUAACAGCACAGACCUCUCCUGCGUGGAUCCACCGUGGCAUGGAAGUGAUCACUUCUCUUAGAUUGACUUCAUGAAGCAGUUCAGUUCCCCCCCAACUGGAGAAGCUCCUUAGGUGCAGGACGUGGCUGUGCUUUCAUAGUUAAUGUAUUCAUCGCCGCCACCCAAUCAGAGCGUAGGCGCUGGAGCCUUUUCGACGGCCGGAUCGCUCUGACCGGAGGGGGGCGCCUCUGCUCCGCCUCUCUAAUGGCGGCACGACGACAUAGAGGCUCCGGUAGUCACGGGUUCGAUUCCCGUCUAGGCUGCAUUGCGGACAACAGGAGACUGGUGCAACCCGAGCAUGAGAUCCAUUUUGGGGAGGGCUUGCAGGUGGGAAGCCAGCUGCGUGUGGAAGCUGGAAGGACAGGCAGCCCGUGCCCCCAUGCUCUCAGGACACAUGCCUGGAGGUGCCCAUGGGAUCCUCUCUCUGCUGACCGUGGUGUUUGUCCUCCCAGAGGUGUCUGGGCUCCAGUGCUACGGCUGCAACAUCAUUGUUGGCACCAAGUACGUGGACACGGGGUGCUCGAACCCAGAGGUGAUCACCUGCUCACAUUCCCAUCAGGGCUUCAAACACCGGUUCUGCAUUAAGACUGAAAGUGUGGUCCUGGGCAUUCUGCUGACCAGCGGCUGUGCCACCUCCCGUCACUGCCAGCAGCAGGAGCUGCCGGGGGUCCGCAUCCACUGCUGUGACACCGAUCUCUGCAAUGGCUCUCCUCAGCCUCCCCCCAGCCUUGCUGGUGGCUGCCUCCUGCUGCCCAGCCUCCUGGCGGCCCUGCUGCUCUCCUGAGCUCCCCGAGGCUGGGGAGUGAUGAUGCGUGGCCCUCGGAGAGGAUGGGAGAGGGGAUGAACCCAUCCCUGCUUGCCCCUCUCAAUAAAAGCCACUGAAUGCUUUGCUCCGGAGAGACCUCAGUGGUGUCCAUGGGGGGUGGCUGGGGCUGCGUUCAGCUCUGGGGUCCU